CAUGUUGAGGGCUUGUAUUUUAGAUUAGAAGGGUUUGUGGGAUCAACACUUAUCCAUGGCUGAGUUCGCAUAUAAUAACAAUUAUCAAUCCAGCAUCCGCAUGGCAUCGUUUGAGGCUUUGUAUGGUCGAAGGUGUAGAUCACCUUUGAUCAAGGAACGCCUUUGUGCUGCACAAAGCAGGCAGAAAAGUUAUGCGGAUAGAAGGAGACGAGACCUUAAGUUUGAAGUUGGUGACCAUUUAUUUUUGAAGGUGUCACCCACUCGAGGUGUCCUCAAGUUUGGCAUCCGGGGAAAAUUGAGUCCGAGGUAUAUUGGACCAUAUCCUAUCUUGGAAAGGAUUGGUGAGGUAGCUUGUAGAUUGGAGUUGCCUGGAAAUUUAACGGGUGUUCAUGAUGUGUUUCACGUGUCCUUACUUCGGAAGUAUGUUCCCGACCCGAGUCACAUCAUUAAUCCCGAACCAAUUCAACUCUGGGAUGAUCUCACUUAUGAUGAGCACCUGAUCCACAUUUUAGAUUUCAAGGAGAGGAUAAUGCGGAGAAGGACCAUUAGUUUUAUUAAGGUCCUCUUGGAUAAUCAUUCGGUUGAAGAAGCUACUUGGGAGUUGGAAUCCAAGAUGAGGUAGGAACAUCCGCACUUCUUCCAAGAUUGAGCCGCGUGUUUCUACUCAUUUUCCUUCUCCCCUGCACCGAACAAACAUCUAGCCAAGCUCGACAACAGCCCACUUGGAAAAAACCGAUAAGGAAGCUGAUUUUUGCCUUUCUUUUCUGAUUCAAGAACCAGAUUUAAAGCUUGGAAAUCUUUCCCCUCUACAGAAUUUUCGGAUCUGCUCUGUUCUCCUUGCCCCUGUCCACGAGCUGCUCUUGCCGAUGAGAAUGCUUUCGGUUUUCUGGUAAGGGAACAACCAUGAAAUCAUCUCUUAAGCCUUGAUUUAUGUUGGGUUCACUCUAAUUGUUCUUAUUCCU